CGAAGCCUUGACAGCGGUGCAAAAGUGAGAGUGGGGAUUGUUCAACUGCGGAGCCUCCUGCUCGGAGUGUACGCAUGUUCAGUGGACUCGGAUGGUGUGAAGCCCCAAAUGAGGGACUCAGACGUCCGGGAAUGACAGCCGCUGUCACCGGGAGUGACAGCCUCCACUCUGACCUACUCCGCUAAAGAAGUCCCUCCGGCUGACACCCAGCUCUGAUCCGGAUCGGAUCCAGCCUCGCCAGGACUAUGCCAGAGAUGGAGAAAGGGAGACCACCGGAAAAUAAACGCAGCAGGAAACCCGCGCACCCCGUGAAGAGGGAGAUCAACCAAGAGAUGAAGACGUUUGCAGAAAGCACCAUGAACGAGCUCCUGGGAUGGUACGGGUACGACAAGGUGGACCUCAGAGACUCGGAGGCCAACGAGAUCAGGAACUACAGAGAGAGGCGUCAGCAUGUGUCUGUGCUAAAAGAAAACUCCUUGCCAAAACCCAAAAGCCUGGACGCCAAAGUCAGUCAGACGGUUCUGACGAUGAAGAGUGGAGAGAGAGAGCCGCCCAGCGUUCCUUCCUCCUCCUCACCUUCCUCUUCCUCAACGAGUUCAUCUCUGACCGCCCCCAAGGAGCACAAGAGUGCCCCUGUCAUUGUUCCCCUCAUAAAGCCAUCGGCAGUUGAAGAUGUACAGAACGUGCAGAUAGUCUGUGUGUGGUGCCAGAAGGAAGGUGUGAAACGCUACUCUCUGUGCAUGGGCUCAGAGCUGAAGAGCUUCUGCAGCGAGAAGUGUUUUGCCGCUUGCAGACGGGCCUACUUCAAACGCAAUAAGGCCAGAGAUGAAGACCUCCAUGGUGAAAGAUCCCCUCAGCACCCACAUACAGAGGACUCGCCCAGACUGGUGUUGAAAAUAAACACCAAUGUCAGAUCUCUCUCCCCUGUGCCGCAGGUAUGUGAUUGGUGCAAGCACGUCCGUCACACUAAAGAGUACCUGGACUUCGGAUCGGGUGAGGAACGACUCCAGUUCUGCAGCACCAAGUGUCUGAAUCAGUACAAGAUGGACGUUUUCUACCGAGAAGCCCGUGCAGCUCUCACUAGUACCAGUUCCAGCCCAAGCAGAACUAGUCAGGAGGGGAGGGUAGAGAGCACUGUGGCCGGGCAAAAGCUACUCACUCCUGAGUCUUGGAACAGCAACAACAGUACAGGGGAAACCCGUAAUAGAAAUCUCUCUCCCAAAGGGCCUACACUAAUUCACGGAUCAGCAGAAUCCUCCUCUAUCUCCCCCUCAGAAGCAUCCUCUUCUUCUUCUUCUUCCAGAGUCCCUGUUUCUGGGCUGAGGACCCUGGAAAGAUCCAUCCAACCGCCUCCACCUCCCCCUACUGUGGAGAUAUUGCCCCACCCUGCUCCCAAUCCUCCUCAACCUUGUCCCCCUCUGGAACAAAAACCAGUACCUCAAAUCCCCAUACCCUUCAUCAGGCCUCCUCUUCAUGCUCAGGGCCUGAAAAGCCCCCUUGCCAAUCCCAUCAGACAUCCGGGUCCUCCUUCGAGCCCCAUCCACAGACCUCCGCACUCACCUCACCUGCAGCCCCCUUCCGCCUCUUCCAUGAAUCCACCUGGACUGAUGCACCCCUUCCCAGGAGCUUACUUCCCUGGUUUGCACUCCCCUCCUCUAAACAUGAUGCCAAGGGGUCCUGUCCCAAUGCCUCCUAUGAUGAACUUUGGUUUUCCUUCUUUUAGCCCUCUUCUGCCCCAACCUACUGUCCUGGUGCCUUACCCAAUCAUUGUUCCCUUACCUGUCCCCAUUCCCAUUCCUAUCCCCAUUCCAGUACCCCCCAAAGCAACCCCGGAAACUCCAAGUCACAGUGGAGUUAUCCAGCCUGUGCCAGAGGGUGUGGACAGAGGUAGAUCCAGGAUUGCCAGGCCAGCAUCUCCAGGGAUCUCUGAGGGGGAUGGCAGAUUGGUAGCCAAACAUUUGGGUAGAACCUUCCCUCAAAGUCUCUCCUCGCCAAGUGACCCAACCCCACGAGACACAGAUUGGGUUAAAUCGGAGAGACCAUUUCUGUCCCCUGUAUCCACACCCCAAAGUGGAGCCUCCUCGCCCAGAGCACAUUUUAAUGAAUCCCCCUGUUCAGACCCGGGAUUGGAGGGGCUCAUAAACUAUAAACAGCAGCACACAGAGCGGCAAGUCAUCCAAAGGGUUCUUCAAAGGACCCAAGUGAAGUUGGAGCCCAGUGCCAAUGGAGUGGUGGACCUGUCGGGGUUGGGAGAUUCAGGAACUGGGCAAGUUAACAGAUCAGGGCUCCACGAUAUCAUUAGACCAACCCCUCCUCUAUCACUAUCACCUCCACAUGACACUGUCUAUCAGUGCCAGGAUUCCCGCACCCCACCUUCUUGCACCCCACCCAGCCCCAUAAGGAGCAGCCAUUCACAUGAUGCCAUACCGUCUGCCCUGAAAUCUCAGGACCAUGGUCAAAAUGGGAUGUCCUCCUCAUCUACACCUGCCAGUCCGGACUCCUCCAUACCCCAGAGAUUACCAGCACCACCCCCUGACCUUGCACUUAAUGAGCUGGAGGCUAUCAAAGAGAACAAGUGCUCUGUUGUUAGCCCAGUGCGGGUUGAGGGCCCAGUUAGUCAGUUGGAAGAGCCCUUAACAGUAGAUGUAGGAGAGGACUCCCAUGUUCCUGAUGAGGACCAUGCCUAUGCCCUGCCCACAGCGCCAAAGACAGGUGGGACCACCACCCCACUGCUCUUGCCCAAACUCAGGGACAAGGGUAGCCUGCGGAGCCCUGCUAACGUGCCGGGUGCAGGAGACAUGGAGCCAGCUCUGAAGAGGCGAUGCCUACGAAUCCGAGAUCAGAAUAAGUAGAGGAUGGAGACUGCCUGUGUAACACUGUAUGGCGGUGCCAGUUUCAGUGCCACGCCCUCUUGUGGACAACACCAGUGGUAACACUCCUCCAGCCUGUCCCCUCAGCCUGUCAGCCCACCAGAGUGUUGCUCUGCCUGCGGACCAGCGGGGUGCCAACCCAGGAAGCGGUCCAGAUGGCUGCAUCAUCACGAGUCAACAUGGGGGAAGAACACAGUGACAUUUUGUCUUGGACCAAAGAGCAUCACUGGCAAGUGUGUUACAUUGUGUUCAGUGAGUGCUUGAAAAUGGAGCAUCUCAGAUCUUCUUCCUGCCCUAAAGUGUGUAUGUGUGCACGAAUUAGUGUGUCUGCCCAGAUGCGCCUCCUCCUCUUCCUCCUCCUACUCCUCCUCCUCCUCCUCCUCCUCCUCUCCUUGCACCACACAGCAGACAGGGCUCUGAUCAGCCUUGUGUGGUCUUCUCAGAUGGAGCCUGAACAUGAUCUCUUUCCAGGGGAAACAGUUUGUUUUCCCUGCCCGGCUUGCACAAAGAGCCACAUUGUUCCUCUCCCCAUAUCCCACGCUGACUCCCCACUCCAGGUUUUGGGUUACCUGGCCGACGGGGGCUCAGACUUCAGGAGCUUUUUUAAAAUUUUUUGACCGACAGCCAGGAAUAUAGCAUGCCCUUCUCUCCUCCGCCUGUCCGCCCAAUCUAAAUACGGUACACGCAGACGCUAGUCCUGAGGUUUUACUCCUCACAACUGAUUGCCUGUGAUGCCCUACUCUGCUCACUUCCUUCAAGGGAGGUGGGAAAUUCUGCUGAGAUUAAGACUUUACCCUCGUGCAGUUUUCUCACUGUCUAGAGAGCGUCCGGCCGAGCUGUUAAAAAAAGGCAAUCCCUCGAGGAGAUCUCCCUCAGCUUCCUCUGUUAAAACGCACAGAGCACGUGAGGGCACACCUGAGAAGAUGCUGAGAUGGUCUGUGGACACUUGAGUCGUCUCGAUGACGCUGGUAGGAUAAAUGUGUGAUGACCCACCAAACAAACAUUUCACCAGACAAAUCUGAAUCUGAAUCCCUCUCAGCACUGAGCCGAUCUGAUUCAGAUUUAGUUUUUAGAUUUUAGUUUUUCUCCACAUUAUAUUGGAUGUGUUCAAGCAAAAACAAACAAUAUCUUGUAAUAUUACCAAAUGUGGUAUUAUACUCAAAAGCAUCAAAUGCUGUAUUAUGCAGCGAUCAGUAUUACAGUUUCCCAGUAUCGGGGAUAGGCUUGUCAACACUUGUCCCGUUGUAAGAUUUCAGUUUUCUAGUUGAACUCUAUGCAGAAACUAUUUGAUGUUAUAUUAACUUAUAAAUAAUUCAUUUGUAGAGUUUCACAAAAAAAAAAGAAUGCUUUAUUUCUUCUCUAUUUUUAGAUUGUAUUUUGUGAGUGCCGAAGCUCUUAAAUUUCCUCGCGUCUAUAGGUUUGUGUAUUGCCUUAUCCCCACUAGAGAGCAGUGUUUGCCUUUGUAACUUUGCACCUGCCUUUUUUUACUGACAAGUGAGCGCCAGGAGGCCCGUGGUAGCAGGCAGCCUGCUGAAACCCAUGCAAUCCCACAACCCAACCAUCCAAGCAGACGCCUUUUCCUGCACAUAUUGCCAUUAUUUUAUCCCGGACUCCAGAUCUUGGCUAGCACCGUGGUAAGGAGGCGGUCAGCGGCCCUUUAAAUCCUCCUCAUGAUGGUGAGCCCACUGGGAUAGGUAGUCAUCUACUCCUAGAACACUUCCAAAUGUGGCCCACCCCGUGCCAUCAUUCCAAAACCUUUCAGUUUGUGUAUGUGUUUGUGUGUCUGCAAAGCGUUCCCCCGCCUCCCCACUCAUUCCAGCCUACAGCCUUGCCACAGGUCAUGCCAAUACGUCAGUGUCAUCCUCAGCUGGUAAGGGGACUUCGUCAACAGCUCAUAUGAGUCACCGAUGACAUCUCCCAAUAGAAAUAGCUGCAGCGUCAACGAGUGUUUCCCUCUCUGAUGGCCAAAAAAGAAAAGAAAAACACAUUAUUAAGACUGCCACUGGUGGUUUGACAGUUUUAUUUUAUUUUAAUUUUUUUCUAUUAAUGCCAUUUGUCACAUUUCACAAUACGUGUGUUUGAUUAUCCUUGUGUCAAAAGUUUUGUUGCUGUUGCUGCCUGAGAUGCAUAUAGGUACUUUUUUUCCGACCUCCCCUGUCAAACAUUUAGCCCACUAUCUGAACUGAUACUGUUUGUAUUUGAGUAAAGGUCAAGUAACCAAGAGCUUUGGUGGUAAUCUCUUUGUAAAAUAAAAUAAAUAAAAGUUAUUCUAAGAGCAA